UCAUCGAUAAUGCAUCUCUCCUCGGCGCUCACAACCGCAUGUGUGAUACGCAACAUGCGCGCGGAGUAUCGAUAUCACAUAGUUCGGUAUCGAUGCCGAGGUAUCGAGGUGUAAUCUGUACGCCGCCGCCGCGAACGCGAACGAAACGCGGAGCGCGUCCGAGACAGCAGCGGUAACAGCAGCGGUAGCAGAUGUGAACAGAUGCGAUAUCAGCAGCGGCGGUGAUCGGUGUCGUUCCACCUCCGCGCGCGCGCGAAAACGGGAUCGUUGACAAUGCUGUCGCGACAGUGACAAUAUCACGGUGAUAUCGUGGCGGCGGCAGCGGCGACGACGGCGACGGCGACGGCGACGGCGGUGAUCGCGGCGAAGGCGGCGGUGGUUUUGCGCGUGUGUUUACCACUCCUGUGGUGUGUCGCGCAACCGAGAGCCUCCUCGGUCUCUCUUCGCGAUUGUCCUCCGGCGGCCGCGAGGACAAACAACGAGCCGUGUUUAUCGCGGGAAAAACGAUGUCAGGAUACCGUAAGGUGAACUAUUACGAGCUGUGCAGACUGUGUACCAGCAGCGAGGGCAACAUGAUGAACAUAUUCCGCGAUGAGGGCCGCAGGCGACAGUUGCAGACGAAAAUACAGACGUACCUCCCGAUACAGGUUAUGGAGGAGGAUUCGUUACCGAAAAUUGUAUGCCAUGAAUGUGUCAAAAAACUGGAAAGCUUCAUUGAAUUCCGAGAAACUGUGGUUAAUGCAGAGGGUAUGUUGGAGUCCUAUUUCACCUCACUUCGUUUUUCUGAAGAUUUUCUGAAGGAAGGAAAAGUAUAUGUUAAAAAUACGGAGAAAGAAAGACCAUCCACACCUGAGGAUGAAGUUUUAAAGUCAAUAGAAAAAGUGCCAACACCAGGAGGAAGUCAAGUAAUAAAUAAUGAGCAACAAAUACAACAUCAGCAAUCAGUUGUAGUUGGCAAUAUAAAUACUUCUAAUAUACAAAUCAUCGGUGGAAUUCAAGCUAGAGUUCAGCAGUACAAAUGUGCUAUGCAGAUGCAAUCAGGCAGUAUGACAGCAGCUGUCGUUGAAACUACAGCAGAGGCUCAUUACAAUUAUCAACAGCAGACAUCUCAAGUCUCACCGCAACAAUCAAACGAAGCACAAAAUCAAAUUGGCGGCGAUCAGCAAAACCAACCUCCUGUGAUUCAGCAGCAAACGCAGAACCAAAUACAAAAUCAUAAUCAAAUUAAUCAACAAGUGCAAUCACAGAGGCCAAUUUCCCAACAGUUGAGCCAACCUGCUCAGUUGCCCCAACAACAAAAUCAGGGUCAAGUCAGUCAACAGCAAGACCAAUCACAGAUAUCACAACAGCUCCAACAGUUGCAAAGGCAGCAACAUGAAUUUGAGAAGCAGCACAGACAACUUCAGCAACUCGAGAAACAACAAACGCAAAUCGGGACGCAGCAAGAAUUUCCAGUGAAGCAAGAAACACCUGCUGUACAUCAAAACAAUAAUAUAGUUCUUAAAACUGAAACAGACAUGGAACCGACUCAACAAAUACAGAAUAUACAAUCCGAAGUCCAAAAGGAUGAAUCCCCUGACCCAAAUGUACAAACGUAUACAGCGGUACAAGCGGCGCCGGAAGUCUUUUUAAACUUGGGCUUCAAGGAAAGUCCAAUGACCCCAACAGUUCGAGACGAUGAGAAAGAUUUUAAAGAGUAUGCAAAAGCAUCACCAGAGGACGGAAUGUCUCGUAAUUCGAUUGACCAGAUCAGAGAAUUCCUGCGGCUUAGGUCAGGACCAGAUUCAUCACCUCUAAUUGCUGUAAGUACUCAAGUAGUCUCAAGUAAUCAGGCUGCAAGGAACGUUUGUCGCGAUUGUGGUAAAAGCUUCUCUUCCUUAAGUCAAAUGAACAGUCAUAACUGUAAUGUUGAGACGCUUAUAAAUGAACCAUCGGACACCGGAAGCAAAGAUGAAUGCUCACAAACCAAUCUGAACCCAUUUAAUUGUGACAUCUGUGGUAAGCCGUUCAAACGGAAAGAACAUCUCCUUCAACAUCGAAAAUUGCACACUGGUGAACGGCCAUACGUGUGCACUACAUGUGCAAAAGCAUUCAGCCGUAAGGAACACUUGGUUAGACAUUCAGUAUCUCAUACCGGACAAAAAAUGCACGAAUGUGAAAUGUGUGGUAAAAGUUUUUCGCGCAAAGAUAAUCUACAUAAACAUCGAAAAACGCACGGUGUAUCUGGUCCCUAUAUUUGCGAAACUUGUGGAAAAUCAUUUGUGGUGAAACAUUAUUACGUGAUGCAUGUAACUACACAUGCAGCAGCUGCCUCGGACGGUUUAAAUUGCCCAGACCCAUUGCCGUACAAAUGUGACAUAUGUCACAAAGCAUUUUCCGUGAAACAAUAUCUCACUACGCAUAAAAUUAGACACAGAUCGAAGAAUAAUAAUAGCUCCGUGCAGAACAGUUUAAAUGGGCAUCAACAACAACAACAGCAGCAGCAGCCGCAGCCGCAGCAGCCGCCUCCGCCGCCGCUGCCGCCGCCGCCGCCACCGCCACCGCCGCCGCCGCCGCAGCAGCAGCAGCAGCAGCAGCAGCAGCAGCAAACGGACGCUGCAAGUAAUGUAAACGUAGUAACGAAUAAUGUUGCCAAUGCUGGAAAUUUAAAUAAUAAUGGACAAUCUAAUAAUGAGACGACUGUCGAAAUGCAGAGCGUUAUAGAACGUAAUGAGCAAGCCAAUGAGUCAUUUGCUAACAGUCAGUAUCAUACUAAUAUACAGGAUUUUCAAUGAGAUAAGGGGAAGCGUGUCUAUUAUGUUCUCUUGCCAAAUGGUAAUAAUCAUAAGAUCGUGGUUGUAUAAGCAAGGGAAAUUUUAUGACGCGCCGAAGUAUUUUCUUAUAUGGUUUUUCUCCCGAUUGAAUGAUUUUUGUACUUUAAUAUUACAGCAAAUAAUUAAAGUGUGACUAUCUUGGACAAAUUAGAUAUUUUGAUGUAUAAAUCGGGCAGAAAGUAGAGAUUUGUUUAAUGAUUUAAGAACUUAUUGAGCACAAUGUUGUAAAUAUCAUAUGUUAUAUAUAGAAUGAUUCUUAAUUGCACGACAGUACCUCAAAAGAUAAAGCUCUUGAAGUGUUGACGUAAAAUUAACGAUCAUCCUGUAUUUUGCCAACAAAAAAUUACCUGUAUGUGAAUGCAUGCUGUAGUUUCGGAAUGGAUGGUCACUUGUAUUCAACAUUUGAAAAAUAUGUGCUACUAACACACAUAUGGUUUGUCAUAAAAGUAAUAGGAUAGAUCCUUGAAAAGGCAAUAUGCCAAAACUGAAUGUCAAAAUUAAAUAUCAAUGCGAUUAAGUACGACUUAAACACAAUUACACAAACUGUAUAAAAUUCGCGAGCUCAGACCAAUAUAAUUUUUAUUUCAGUAAAAUAUCCUGAUAUAUAUUGGUCUUAUCUUUAUCUAUUAUCUUUGUGACAGACCAUAUAUCUAUGGAAACAUAGUCAUAAGAUUGUUCCAAUUAUUGACCAGAAUGAUUUCGUCAAUAUGCUUCCAUCGAUAUAUUAAAUUAAUAACAAUUGAUUAUGAAAAACAUCCACCAACAUGGUAUCAAAUUUUCAACAUGUAUGUACCAAGUCCUCAUUCGAAUAACAUCUUUACCAUUAUCUAAAAAGAAAGAAAGAAAAAAAAACAAUUAUAACAACUAUGUAUGAAUCCUAUAUUUGUUAAAUCAGUAAUUGCAACAAUCUGUGACCAUUUUGAGAAGACAUUUCAGAAACAUAUGAUUUUUAUGUAUGCUUAGGAUACAGAACAAAAACUAAGACCAAAGAAAUCUAUAUAUUAUGUAUAAAAUGGAUAAAUAAUUAUUAAAUAGAAAUAUAUAGAUAAAAGAGGGAUGGGACCGGAGGUUUGCUAACUUGGCUAACUGUGUUGUGAUUCGAGAAAUUAGAUAUAUAUAUAUCGUGUAGUAUACAUUAUUAAUCUACAAAACGGCUUUUAAUUUGCAGUUGUCGAUAAAAAAUGUGCCAUAGCAUGGUCUCUGGAAGUGAAAAAUAUAUAUGUAUAGAUAUAUAUAUAUAUAUAUAUAUAGUUACAUGAAUACACAUAUGAUUCAUUAGAUUUUUAGUAUGCUACUGACCAAAAGCAAAGAGAAAUUGUGCUAAUCGUCGCAUUUCUCCAAUCGUACUCGCUUACAUGUCAUAUUAUGAUUAAGUAGUACCUCUUACCCUAAUUUAUAUCUUCGAAAUAAACAUUUAUUUAGCUAAUAAGAUUAUACAUAGGGGGCAUGUAUGGUCUUUAUGUGUGAAGGUCAUAUAUAUAUUAUGUAAUUUUUAGAUUUGGAUACUUUCUCUAUACAAGCAAAAAUUCAAAAAUAUUUGAUAUUUAAUAGUUAUUUUAGUAUUAUAUUUAUACAUAUGUAAUGUGAAAUGUUCUUCGGAAGUUUAUAGGCCAUAUUCACAUAUCCACAUUUGGCAAUAUAUAUCCGAUAGGAAGAUCGCAUUAUGUUCUAAGCUAAGCUAAGAAUUGUAUAUGGAUAUAUUUAAUGUGGAAUGUGAAUGUGCGCCCAUUUCCAAAUUAUUGUUAUUGGGCGAUAAGGUCUAGGUAUUAAACAUUAAUUACUUCUACAUUUAGCAUUACGGUAUAACAAUGAAAAAUGUAUUUUAUAUAGGAUCUGGAAAGAUCUAUUUUAUUGUGAAUUUUGUUAGAAAAAUGUUAAUUCUUCAAUGAGUCAUUAGUAUGUUAGGAUUAGUAUGUUUUAUAUAUAAAACUGAGAUAGUUAUCUUUAUACAUUGACUUUCUUUAUUAUUUGUUAAUACGUUUCUUACUCAAAAGAUUUCUUUUAUAGCAACUGUACAUUUUAACAAAAGAGUACCGAAUUUUAAAGAUCUUCAACAGUACAAAGAAUUAAUUUUGUUUAGUGCUUAGAUAUUUUGUUAUAAUGCAGUUCUUGUACAUAUUGAAGCAGAAGUGAUGAGUUUAAGACUGUAUCUCUAUAUCACCAGAUUUAGGUGUGUGUUGGAAGUAUAUAGAUCUAUAAUGAUGUAUAUAUAAUGCGGUCCAGUAUAUAAGACAAGAAAACUGUUAAUAUACUGUUUCUAACAUGAUAAUAUUUUCUGCGCAUGGAAAUGCCUGUAUUGAUUUUAACUCGUACGAAUCAGAAAUCGUAUCCAAAGACACAGCAAUUUUAUUAGUUUAAACAGAGGAAUUAUUUUAGAUAAGUUGUGCUUAUUACGCCAAGUACACAUAGUCCAUUCAUUGACUAAAGACUCAAUUGUAAACUCAAAUAUAAAUUUUUAUCAACAGCCCCCUGCCUUGUAUCAGUAUAAUAAAAGAACGCAAUUUUUCUUAAGAAUACAGUAAUGUCAUUAUUUUGGAAUAUUGAACAAUAUGUUGUAGCAA